GGGAUGGACGGCGGGCAGCAUCCACGCUGACGCUGCGCAUCAAAUAAAACCAUCCUCCCUGUGCUCAUAGACAACUGGCAGCGUUUCUCUUCCGGUCAGCUUGGAUUUACUAAGGUUCUUCUGCAGAUGCAGGGAGGAAGACUACAGCUGGUAGAGCCUCUGCAGCGGGAAGGUCAGGACCGGAGGACGGACUCAGCGCACCGGGACCCCGCCCGCUGUGCUGGGGCUCAUCGACAGUCAGCUGUCCUCAGAGAUACCAAGUACAGAGACCAGGGAAGACCCAUCUGAUGAAGAAUGACUCAAAGGAAUAAUGAAAGAAAUGCAGAAAAGAGCAAAUGAAAUAAAGUAGCAAAGGACAGCAACAAAUCUAACAGACGAGGACAACAAAAAACAGGGUGAGGAGAAAAUGAAGUCUCUCUGAUGUUGAGGAGAUCCAUAGAAAUGGAUAGACAGACUUGAUGCUGUAUGCAACCAUAGAGUGUAGGAGAGGAAAAAAAAGGACUGAUAGUGAACAAGAGAAGGACACACGGGACACAUAACCUAGGAGCUUCUGAAAGAUAGGAAAGGGACAAGCAAAGGAUUUGUGAAGGGAGAAGAGAAACAUCUGGAUGGUCUCCACAGGGACGGCCAGUUGCUUUCUGUCCCGUCGAAGAUGGCCUCCAACUUCAAUGACAUCGUCAAGCAGGGCUACGUACGCAUGCGCAGCCGUAAGCUGGGGAUCUAUCGGCGCUGCUGGCUGGUGUUCAAGAAGUCAUCUAGUAAAGGACCACGACGUCUGGAGAAAUAUCCUGAUGAGAAGUCUGCCAACAUCAGAGCCAGUCCCAAGGUGACAGAGAUUAGCAACGUCAAGAAUGUCACACGGUUGCCUCGAGAUACCAAGAGACAGGCGGUGGCCAUUGUGUUUACAGACGACACCUCACGCACCUUCACCUGUGAAUCAGAGCUGGAGGCAGAGGACUGGUUUAAGACGCUCUCGAUCGAGUGUCUGGGCACACGGCUCAAUGACAUCAGUAUGGGAGAGCCUGAUCUACUCGCUGCUGGAGUGCAGUGUGAACAUACAGAGCGCUUCAACGUGUUUCUCCUCCCCUGUCCCAACCUGGACAUAUACGGGGAGUGCAUGAUGCAGAUCACCCAUGAGAACAUUUACCUGUGGGACAUUCACAACCCUCGCACCAAGCUGGUCACAUGGCCUCUCUGCUCCCUGCGACGCUACGGACGUGACGCCACUCGCUUCACUUUUGAGGCCGGACGGAUGUGUGACAGUGGUGAAGGCCUCUACACCUUUCAGACCAGAGAGGGGGAGCAGAUCUACCAGAGGGUUCACUCCUCUACGCUGGCUAUAGCAGAGCAACACAAGAAGGUCCUGCUGGAGAUGGAGAAAAGCAGCAGGUUAAUGUCUUUAGGCUCAGAGUCUGGCUCUUACCCCUGCACUCCAACUGCCAUCCUGCCCCGCUCGGCCUACUGGCAUCACAUCACUGGAAACCAGACUGCCAUGGAUUCUGGCAGCGGUAAUAUGUCAGAGGACGACCUGCUGUCCACCCGCCUCCAUCCUGACCGUCAUUCUACCCUGCCCCUCUCUCACACACUGACACGGUCCCAACCGCACAUACACACACACUCCCCAACACACUACCCCACCUACCCUGGACAGUGACACACAUAAGAUCAUGGAUACUGACAUAAACACAGACAAAAACACACAUAACCACAUGCAUGUAGGCACACAGAUCACACCCCCACCCCACGUCCCACCCCUUCUUACAAGUUUUACAGCCUAUGAGGAAACUACGUAAAGAGCUGCAAGGAGAUGGGCUUCCUCAUAUGACUGGAAUUUCCAUCAUUCAGCAGCAGAGGGGGGGAUUUUGACAUUUUCCACACUCAGAGACAGAGGAUUUCCACCCAAAUCUAAAACAGAAGUUUUACCAUGUGUUACCAUCUGUGCCACCACAAAAGGAAAAUCCCACAUUUGAGUAAUUUCUAUAUUUUUAACAUGUAGGACUAGAAAUUCUGGAUCUGAAGUUUAUGCAUUGCUUUCUCACCCCAAGAGCGACAGUUGUCUGCCGUGGAAUUAAAGUCAAGUGUUCUUGGACCAGUUACUUCAGGGUUUCUGGGCAUGUUUGCUGUGCUGUUUUUGGCAGCUCUGAUGUGUGGUUCAAACUGUGAUCAGAUUUUUUUUUUAUAAAGACUGGCUCCUCUACUACACCAGAUAUUCACCCAAGAGUUUCAGACGUUCUCUCCUCUGUCCUCUCGUAUCGUCUUGUAUCUACAUGCUG